AUACCGACUGUUUCCUCCCCCCUCUCUCUCAGUCUGCGUGCUGUAGCCCUGCUGUGCGGUCCUCUCAGUCCUCUGUUGUAGCACCGAAGGGAGGAGGAGCCACCGGCACACACACACACACACACACACACACGCACACACACACACACACACACACACACUCACACACUCAGACACACACACUCUGACAUCUCACAUCAUCUCUUCUGCACACUCGCUGUAAGCACCAACCAGCCAGCCAGCAAGCAAGCCAGGCCAGUUUGGAGCAGGGGAGCCCAGCCGUCUCGUCGCCCAAAAUGGAUGUACUGAUGAAGGGGUUCUCCAUGGCCAAGGAGGGGGUGGUGGCCGCUGCAGAGAAGACCAAAGCCGGUAUGGAGGAGGCAGCAGCCAAGACCAAGGAAGGGGUGAUGUAUGUAGGAAAUAAGACAAAGGAGGGAGUUGUGUCAUCAGUAAACACAGUGGCCAACAGGACCGUGGAUCAGGCCAACAUCGUGGGAGACGCAGCGGCCGCCGGGGCCAACGAAGUGUCACAGGGAAACGUGGAGGGGGUCGAGAACGUCGCCGCGUCGACCGGGAUGGUCAGCCAGGAGGAGCCUGUAUACGAGGGCGAAUAUGGAGGAAUGGAGCAGGGUGGGGAAGGAGGAGAGGGGUAUUAGUCGUCUUCAGGACCUCCCCUCCCGUGCUCUCCGGCAGCCCCUCGCUCUCCUCGCCUCGCUGUACCAGACUCCAGAUGUUCAACAUAUUUUUUUGUGACUUUACAGAACCAAAAUCAACUAAAACAGACUCUUCCGGAUGCCGCACCUCAGCCCCUAUCUCCACCUCUGCCUCGUCACUCCGUGAUGCCCCCCCCCCCCCACCCCCCACUCCCAGCAGCCACCUGUCCUCACCCCUUGCCCUCUGACCUUCUGCAGCCUGUAGCUUUUCCUCCACUGCCGCCUUACCCUCGCCUCACCUGUGUGUUAGUGUCGUCCUGAUAUGAACCCUGGUGUUACCGCCCCUACGCCUACCAACCUAUAGGGAAACCUCACACACAAACACACACGUACACACAAACAAAAAAAGAAUUACACCUUCAUUCAACACAUGCAUGAAACGCACACAUACAGUACAUACAGUCAAUGCCAGCACAGACGCACACACUGGGCAAACAUGUCAAUUUUGGGUGUGUAAAUACAGUCAAGCCUCUGUAGUCCACAACAAUAACAAUAACUCACUGCGUGACUGAGGCAGGGUAUGAGAGGGUGUGUGAUCUGCUGUUUGUGUGCCUGUGGUAGCUUAUAUAUUAUGUGCGUGUGUGCAUGUGUAGCUGCUGGUGUAUAAAUAAAUCUCCAGAGGCUUGUGCAGGGAAUCGUGCAUUAACAAGGACAGAUAUUCUGUUAAGUGUGCAGUAGUUAGUUAGCUACAAUAGACUGCAUGAACAGAUGUGUAGAAUGACCUGUCUCGUGUUGUAACUGUAGAGUAGCGGCUGUUCUGUGUAGCUUUGUGUGGCUUAGUGUGUGUUUCGCCUCGACAUUUAGAAACAGGGUCAUUAACCAGGAAGCAAUACACAAUGCUCAAUUUUUCUCAGCUGUUAGAGCGGAAACUUGAAUUGUCUUCGUGUGAUGCAGGGAAUUUCAAAGAAUUUCUCCAUAAUGUUAAAUGUUUGUGGCUAAAUAAGCAAAAUGUGAGCUUAUAGUGAGUUUAACAGUCAAUAACUGCAAUUUAGAUUUGAUUGCACGCAACCAGAUUUUGAUUCAUACAUCCUGAUUGGUUCAUGGAAGUCCCUGGCAUCUCCUUUUUCCAACACAACCCACUUUUCAAAUUAGCACCAAGAGCACAAACAAAAAUUAAUGUGUCAUGUUAAAUAACCAGUGUUGCUCGAACCUUGGCAGAAAAUAAUGUGUUGAUGUAUGGCGGGGCGCGAUCACUUACAGCGUCUUCAACUGGUGACUAUCAGUAGAACUCAUCAGGCUGAAUUUCUGGGGAAAUGUGCAUAAAAAGCUGCACAGCACAUUUAGAAUACUUCUUGGGUUUGAAUAUUUCUCAAUUAAGACUUCAAACAAUCUAGUACAGAAUAUGUCAGUCACAAGGGAAUAAGACACUUGUUUUUAGUUUUAAAGAUACUAAUCAAAAGGGAAAAUUGGGUCAAAGAGAUUUAAAAUAAAAUAAAUUCAAGGAGGAAAUAUGACCAGCUGAUAAUAAUCACCUCUUGUUGUCGUGUAGUUGCUUUUUAAUAUUUGUGAAACUGGUUUGCAUGCCAUCGGGACCAAGUUAUUCAGAUUUCUGUGAUGAAAAACACUGCUUUAGUGAGGGAAUCAGUCCGCUAAGAGAGCAGAAUGAAAGUGUGGGUUUUAUCAUGUAUGAGCUUUAUGUGUAGUUCUGUGUAUAGCUUGAAUUCUGGGAUACGUAGUUGUUUGUUAGGGUAGUUUUUAUUUCACACUAACUAGUCUGAACCCUGGCUGUUCUGAAGCUCCUGCCCAUAAACUGUCUAGGCCAAUCAGAGGACCCCCUUCUCCUCUGAGUCAAUAUGAUGCCACUUUUCACUGCUCGUCUGCCCAGCAUCAGUGUGUGUGUCUGUAUGCACUGUACGUGUGCGUCUAUAUAUGUGUGUGUUAACAUAGAACCGGUUCAGCCAGCAAAGUGUGCGUGUGUGUGUUUGUGUCUGGAGCAGGUUUGUGUGUUUUUACUUUGAGGCCAAUGGAAACUGAUGACUGCAUGUUGCCUUAUCAAGCAAUCUGAUGUUCACACCCACACACACACACUCACACACACACUACACACUACACCACACUAGAACCAACACACACACAUGCACACAGCACACUCUAAACAACACACAAUCACAAAUCCAACCUCACAUACACAAACACAAAUCGCACACCAUGUUUAAGUUGGCAUCAAAGCAGACUCGCUGAUUUUAUAAACAGUACCAGUGGAAUUAAAAAGGUUUUGUUGAAAUCCAACAA